AUGUCAGAUCCCGUCCUUUUCGAAGACACAUUUACCGUCACUGCGAUCAAUGAUCAAAAAUACGACCGCGUAGCCCGCAUCAGCUGCACGUCCUCCGACAACCUGACCAUUUUCACCCUCGAUGUGAACACAGAGCUCUAUCCAGUGGCGACGGGAGAGACAUUGUCCCUCGCGCUUGCGUCGACACUUGCUCUUGACGGUAAAGAUGAUAGCGCGGGCGGUAAGGGUGCUUGGAGGGAUGUUAGUAUGGGGGAGCAAACCCUAGCGAACGAUUAUGACUAUGUAUGUCAUGGGAAGGUUUAUCGGUUUGAAGAAGGGAACACUGUGGAGAAUAUGUCUGUUUUUGUGUCGUUUGGAGGACUUUUGCUCUACCUAGAAGGCCCUUAUAAGAAGCUCAGUCCUCUUCGGAUCGACUACAUCUACCUUUUAAUGAAAAAAUAG